UUGUUUUAGGUGUUUUUGAAUUGAUUAAGUUUGUUGAUUGAUUAAGCUUAAAUUUCUGCCUUGUUUUCAUGUUUAUUUAUGGCUACAAAUCUGACAUUCACUGCUGUGUUCUAACCUGCUGAGGAUUGAUAUAAAUGAAUGCCUGACUUGUUUGUGCACUUCAGCUUCUCUCUCUCAGAACAUAGAAGUAUCCCAGAUCCCUGAAGUGAAUGUCAUAGAGGGCAGCACAGCCAACCUAGAGUGUAGCUACAACAUGAGCAACUUGGAUCUAUCCACUGGCGGGUACAAAUGGCACAGACAUAUGCUGCACGGGGCUGAUAUAUUUCGGAGUGAUGAAUUUAAGGACAGACUGACCAAAGAAAGUACAGAAGAUUUCCUGAACAAGAGAUCAGCCAGCAUACAGCUGCACAAUGCAGGACUCACAGACACUGGACUGUAUUUCUGUGAAGUUGAGUUUUCUGGUCCGAUGCAAAUUACAGGACACGGUAACGGAACUUUCCUCAAUGUGACUGUGACAGCUUUUACAGGAAACAUUGCUUCAUCAAAUAAAUGUACUGCGUAUAUUGUAGUUGGGGCUCUGGCCUUGAUUUCUACAAUCUUACUUGGUGCUUGUCUGGGAUAUCUGCUUGUCACUAAACAUGGUUCCUCCACCAGGGAUAUGAGUCCUGUUGUCUGCACAGAUUUAACAACACAAGCCUUGAGAUCUGGUGGGGAGCCCAGUCACUCAUUACAACAGGGGUCACAGAAUGCUGGGGAUACCCUGUACAACAUGAACAAUGAUCAAUACAUUUAUGCUGUACCUAAAGGCCAGAAAAAAUCCCAGUUCCCCAAGGAGUGCCUUGAAGUUUCUUUGUACAGUGAGAUUCCAUAAAUGGCAAAUUACCAGCCAGGCAUUAAAACACCGGAACAUAUUUUGGAAUCCUUCUUAUACAGUAUCUCACUCUUAGAUCUAAGCCAUUAAAAGAAACUGUCAGUCCAUGUGGAAGUAAUUUGAAAAUACAGGGGCUGAUUUAUCAAAGAUCAAACCGAGGGAUCCCAAAAGUCUGAUCACUUUUUGAAUCAAUUGUGUGGAAUUGACAUAUUUACAUUUGUUAAAAAAGACUGAUGUGUCCAUGUGUUCUAUUGCUUUGUGUUCUAUUGCUUUGAGCUGUCAUUGCUAUUCUACCCUUAGGGGCAAAUUUAUCAAGGGCCGAAUUUAAAUACUUCGAAUUCGAAUAUCGAAUUCAAACUUUUUUCA